AUGAUUAAGGCUAUCAAAGCCUGUAAGGAAUGGGAGUGUGUCCAACCAUCUCUCCAUAAGUCGCCACAACUGAUGCUCAUCCACCCUCCUCCACCGCGAGCUCCGGCAAACUCCAUCGUCUGCUACACAGACGCUGCUUGGAAAUCGAAUCGACAAACAGCGGGUCUUCCAUGGAUCUUCACUGAUCAUAAUGGGACCGAACUCUCCAGAGGAUCUUGCCUUUGCGAAUAUGUAUCAUCUCCUCUCCUCGCAGAAGCCCUAGCCAUCCGGUGCGCUCUCCUCCAAGCUUCUCGACAUCAAUACAACCAAAUCUGGCUCCGAUCAGAUUCUCAAGGGCUUGUUACAGCCAUCAAUUCGAAUCGACGACCGAUGGAACUCUUCGGGGUCCUAGCGGAUGUCGACUCGAUCGUCGCAUCUUCCUUCUCUUUUCUUUUGUUUCUUUUACUUUCAUUUCCCAUCGUUUUAAUGGGCCAGCCGACUGUUUGGCUAAAACCUGCCUAUCUGUAA